AUGAGCAAGUACCAAACGGCGUCCCAGUCGUUUUCCAUAGAAUCGUUGAUCGGCGGCGGUGGCGUUAGACCGUCCGCCGAAUCUCCUCCGCCUCGAGUCGCGACCACGGCUGCCGUCAACCCGACCGGGUGUCCGUCGUCGUCGGGAGUACCGUACCCGCGGACGUAUCACGACGCGACGAUGUUGCCGUCGUCCGCCGUAGUGUCACAAGCCGCAGACGACGGUCACAAGGCCUCGACAUCACCGCACGCGGACGCCGCUGGAGCCGGCACAGAAUUCGAUCAGCGCCGGUGGUUGUCCACGCUGUUCAACGGCAUGCUAGACACAGCAGUACAGCAACGGCGACAGCUACAGUUGCACGAAUCGCCCGCGCCACCGUUGAACUUUGAUUACUUCAAAGUGCUACAGCUACAGUCGGCCGCGGCUGCUGCCGCGGAGACUACGACCACCGUGGACAAGACGUUCUCGCCGCGGUCGUUGUGGCCGUACUCGAUCGACGUUGCCGCGUUCACGGCUCAGCCACCGCAUCCUCUUGCGCCUCAACCUGCACCACGGCCACCGCAAACGCCGCCACUGCCGCCUCGCUACAACAGCAAUUCACGACACGGGGGUGGCUGCGGCAGACCGUAUUUCGGGUGUGACGAUGACGACGAGGAUGACGAGGACGAGGAGGAAUCGGACGACCCAGAAGAUCAGCAUCAUCGUUCAUCAGCGCAGUUAUGCCCGCCGGUCGUCGGCAAGUCCAUCGCUGCCAAUUUAUCGUCCCGGAUCCCCGACGAUGAUCCGUCAGACGAUCCGCGUCCCGGUAAGCAUAGGAUUAAUACCGAUACUUAAUUUAUAAUAUUAUACCGGUGUGCCAGACCGGUGUGGACUAUUGAUUCCAGUGAUAUUUUACCUCCUCAGUAAAAUAUUAGGGGAGUGGUCAAUAACCAUUAGUGAAAUUUUACCCAUAGUUUACGAAGGGGAUAUAAUUUGUCUAAUGAAACUUCACCAGGGGAAUAAAAUAUCACGGGGGUCACACCUUGAUAUUAUAAUAAUUAAUAAAAUGCAAAUAUUUUCUUAAAAACUAUUCGAAAAUUCCAAAACAUUUGACAUUCGUACAUACAUUACGUCGGUAAAUCUAAUAAUAUUGAAAAAGUGGCUAUGCGUAAAAUAAAGGGUGAUUCAUUAGGCACGCUCAUACCAUUUGUAUGGUAAAAUUUUGCAUAUUAUAGAAUUAUGAUUUUUAGAAUUUUUAUGUGUAGUUUAAACUAAUAUUUUUGAAUACUAGAUUUUUCACAGUAUUUAAAGAGUAUCCUGUGGCGAUAUCAACUUUGGUUUUUCAAACGAGACCAUAGAUUCCAUAAAUAGAUGGGAUAUUAGUUUAAAUACAUUUUGAUGUUGAUAUUCUUGAUUUCUUUCAACCCGCUGAUGAUAUAUUUCCACUUUUAAGUUUGGGUAGAGAGAGAGAUUAAUGGAGUCUUAAGAAAACGCCACUGGCCAUAGCGCUACACAACUUAUGGUUUUUAGACUGUUCUCCUGAGUGUUUUAAAGUAGAAUAACUCAGAAACUUUUCGUUCAAAUUUCGAUUAAAAUACGUUAAUAUUUUUAGAACAAACAUCGUAUUUACAAUUUUCAUUAAAACAUACAGGUUCUUGUUUGAAAACCAAAAUUAGUAUCGCCACUGGAUACUUCUUAAAUAUUGGGAAAAAUCUAAGUGUUCGAAAAUAUCUGCUUUAACUACGAUCUUAAAAAUUUCAAAACUCCGAAUUAUAUACAUAAUUUUACGUUAAAAUGAGUCGAGCAUAUAUAAAAGAACACUCUAUACAUUAUACAGCCUUCAGAGUAUUUUCAUUUGGAAAAGGAUUUCUAAACAUGUGUGAUAUCACAAAAAAAAAAAAAUAAUAAAAAAAUUGUGGACUUACGGUUGUACAAGAGAGCAAAAAGUUUAUAUAUAUAUAUAUAUAUAUAUAUAUAUAUAUAUAUGUACAUAUAUAAUAUACGGAGUGAUCAAUCUAUCGCAAGACACUCGUUAUCUCGGAAAGUGUUAAUUUUUUUAUUUCGAAAUUUGUUUUAAAGAAAAUUUAAGAAACAAGCUGUUCUAAAAUUAAAUAUUUACAUUAUUUUUUUUUCACUCUAAUUUUUGGAGGUGAAACGAGUACCUACUUUUGAUUUUCAAAUAGCAACCUAUAAUAAAAAUUACAUAAAUGGAUGGAAUAGUAGUUAAAAUAAAUGUUUAAGUUUGUAAUUUCCGUCAAUCCGUUGACGAGAUAUUCCACUUAUAAGUGUUGGUCGGUAGAGUGUAGUGGAGCAUUAUUUGUGUAUCGGCAAAGCGCGCUGCGUUUUUAGAAUGUGUACGAGGCACAUAACAUUUGUCUAAAAACACGUAUUUAUAUUAUUUUUAUAUUAAACUUUCGAACGCAUUUUCAGGAAAAUGCAUACACGACACUGUAGAGCCGCAACAAACGGCAAGACAAUCGAUCGAAAAUAAAUCUCGCCGCAGAAGAACAGCAUUUACGAGCAGUCAACUAUUGGAAUUGGAGCGGGAGUUUCAGGCUAAAAAAUACCUAAGCUUGACCGAAAGAUCUGAAAUAGCGAAUUCGUUGAAGCUUAGUGAAGUUCAGGUAAUAAUAAUUACACAGUUAUAUCGUUAUAUGUAUGAUAUAUAUAUAUUUUUUUUUUGUUUUAAUUAAAUACAACGACGUACAUAAAUAUACACUGGAUAAUAUUUACUCGUGUAGAUAUACUAUAUUAUUGUUGGAAAUAUUCGGUUCAAUAUAAAGAAAUUUCAAAAAAAAAAAAUUCAAAAAGACACUUAACAGUUAUCAUAAAUCCGUGUCAAAAGAAUAUAAUUUACAGGUUGAUUUUAGAUUUUGAGUAGAGCGAAGAAGCUUAUGGUUUUACAAAGAUGUUUAUAUUUACGAAACAUAAUAUUACGAUUUUUUUUUUCUGUGGACAACUUUUCUACCUGCAAUUUUGCUCCAACUUUUAAUGGUAGCAAUGUUCCUGAAAGGAAAUUUCACUAGGGAGGUACUUUAAAGAGGUCGUUUUUCCAUUUUCCCCGGAGUUUUCUCAGAAAAUGUGAAAAACUUGGAUAAUCGGUACAAAUAUUAUUAAAGAAACUAUAUAGAACCUAUUUAAUUAUUUUAUUAUAAUAUGGCAUAUAUAUAUUGUUGACAAAGCAUCACUAUUAACUGAACUCUGCUCAGAAUCGUUUUUUCGUUAGCAAUGGUUUAUAGUGAUAUGAUAAACUUCUACAAGAGUAAGUAAUCUUUACUAGAUAAUUGUAAAAAGUAAAAUAAGGUAUUUUAAAAUAAGUAAAAGUCAAUCAUAAACUACAAAAAUAAAGAGAUAGAGAUUGUUUUAUUUCCAAUUUACGGAAAUAACGUAGACGUUAUAGAAAUGUUAAAGAAUUUCAGAUACGAUGCGUUAUAUUAAUAUUUUUACUAAAUUCUAUUGUACAUUUUAUUAUCUUACAUUCGUAAGUCUCUACAAAUAUUUAUCCAAAAUGCAACAAAAAAGAUCUCUUAUCAUUUUUCCAUUUGAGAACUAUUUCUGGUGUAAAACGUCGUGCGUGUCAAUUUAAAAUAAUAAAAUCGUAACACCGUACAUUUUUUCCCACUUAAUUGCAAACAUCUCAAAUAAACAUUAUUGUUAAACCAAUAUAAAUUCCUCACUAUACUCAGAAUCAAAAAUGUAAAAAGGUCUAUGUAGGAGAUUACACAAUCUAUUUUUGGCGAGUAAAAAGGAACUAUUUAGAAGUUUACACUAUGUUUUAAAUACAGGUAAAAAAGACCAUUUUUGUAGGAGUUUACAUGUAGCCAAUUUAUAUCGUUGCUUACAAGUAUACAUUAAAUUACCUAUAACAGUGGCUGCACCCAUCCCACAUAUCCUAGGACGUCUUUUUAACUAUUUAAGUUAAUAGUUAUUAAAAAAAGUUACUUUUUUUUUUUAUCGCGAAUCGGCAUUUUUUUCGAAGGAUUUUAAGUGAAUUUGAUUUUUUUUUUUACCGAUUUUGCAUCGUUUAAGCUUUAUUUUAACAAAAUAAUUGCAAUUUUGAUUAAUUUAUAAUUUCUUGUUAUAACUUUAAACUGUUAUAACUCAAAAAGGUAAAUCUGAAUAAUUUGAUAUUAGUAUCAUUUCAAAAUGCCUAGAAAAAUAUCUUCUCUAUUUGAACCUGUGAUUAAAAAUGGGGGGGGGGUUAAAUUGGAUACUAAUUUAAGGUAUGAAGAGUAGAAGUAAAUAUUGAAAAUAGUGUUGAAUAAAGUUUAAACAAUUCCAUAAUGAUUAUGAAAAAAAAAAAAAAAACAGAAAUUAAACUCAUUUAAAAUCCUCUGAGAAAAUUAUUGGUUCAUGAUAAAAGAAUCGCUCUGUAUAGUUUGUUUAAAAAUAAAACAGUUUCAAGAAAUGCUAUCGUAAGAAAAUACCUCAGGUUACUUAAGUAUACUUCAUUACCCCUCCCCCUUCACUUGAUCCGGCUCUAAUCAAACCGCAAAAACGCCUCUUCUAUUUCGUGUCGUUAAUCUUACAACGACGGCCGUUUUUAACGUUUUUUUCCUUUUCUUAAUAAAACUCCUACGUAUUUUUCUUUAAACUUAUAACUUUUUUUUGAAACGAAAAUUUGUAUGCAUCUAUACGUAAGUUGAUACAAAUAAUUAACUCUAUUAAGUUAAACAAUUAAAAUAAACAAACACAAUUUUCAGUGCAAGACGGUAUUAAACUCGGUUAAAAAGUUAAUUUUUAUUUUAUUUUCCUAUAAAAAUAAACUAAAUCAAACUAGUACAGUAAAUGUUUGUGUAUAAAUUACAGUAUUGAGAACAUACAAUUAAAAUUUAAUUUUGAAUUUAAAAAAAAAUCGGUAGUUUUCGUUUUUUGGUUGCAUAUUUCAGGAGAUUAGGUUCGAUUAACUUCACCGUUAAUAAUUAUUAAAGACGAGUAUAUUUUAAAUUGAACCGAUUGCAGAAUGUCAACAAAAUACUAGAAACUGCAGUUAAUAUGUUAAACACAAGCGACGGAAAUACGGAAUCUGUACCGCUGAUUUUUCGUCUACUCAUCUUGCAGUAACCCUCCGAUUAUCGAUAUUAUUUUAUAUCAUUCGGCGAGUUUAUAAUCUUCUGUAUUAUGUUAUACACACACCGAAAAAUAUCUCGUGUUUGAAAUAUGACGUGAAAUAUAUAUACGCGAUGCGUUUCCCCCCCGGAGAACAUUAGAAAGCCACGCCUCGCAAUAAAAUUGCUUUUCGACUUCUAAAACAUUGUAUAUUUUUUUUUCUGUGCGCAGUAUUAUACACUACUAUACAAGAAAUAGUAUAAAUACGCUGUAUAUACACAGGAUGUGUCUUAACUUUUGCGAACAAGAGAAUUUAUUAAAAUUGAAUAUCCCUAUAAAAUAUUGUAAGUAUAUACGUAAUAUCGUCGGCUCUGUUACAACCGAAUAUUGUACAAAAAAAAAAACGAGACACCCUGCACGGAAAAUAAAAGUUUACCCUUCAAACAACCACUAUAUUGCAAUAUACUACGAUCGCCCUCUCUUAAGUGGUAAUAUAUGUUGUGUGACAAAAUUAGCAUAAUCAAAGGAUAUCCGUUUUUUAACGUUAUUAUAUUAUGAUUGUCAGGAAACCGCACAAACGUUUUAUAAAUUCAAUUCAAUAUAUCAUAAUAGUAAUAAUAAUAAUAAUAAUAAUAAUAAUAAUAAUAAUAACAAUAUUAUUAUUAUUAUUAUUAUUAUUAUUAUUAUUAUAUACUUAUUUUAAGCGACAAGCGGUUUCGAGACACAAAAUCAUUUGUACUUUACCAAACAAUAUACAGACGCUUUAAACUGUAUUGAGAAUUUAUUAUAAUAUUGUAUACAAUAAUAAACGUUUUAUAUAUUAUACGGUUAUGCGUUAUAGUUUUUAAAAAUCUCGAUUUCCUUAUUGUUGUUUUAACCGUGAAAAUGGUAGAGAUUAAGUUCGCACUACACAGAUUUUAACACACUGGAAUCUUGUGAAAUUAAUUUCAUCGUGUUAUCGCUUCAAGAAAUAUUUGUUUGCUGAAUCGACAAAAAAAAAAACCCCAUGUACCCAUCAAAUAUCUUUAUUUAUAAAAGAUUUAUACGAUCUUAUUCUUAUAAGAGUUUUAAAAAAAUGGGUUCCAAGCGUCAAAAAAUUGAGAUCAAAAUUAACAAAAACAAAAAAAAACAAACACGAUGAAAUAUUUAAUAAUUUAAUAUUAUGAUAAUUUUGCUUUUAAUAUAUUAUAAUAUACAGGCCGGGUCACACGAACGUUCUGUAUCUAUUUACAGAACCGUUAGCGCACUUACAGAUCUGUACACCAGGUUAGGUGUUGCUAGAACGUCCUGUAUUAUUUACAACCUGUAAACUAACUAUGUACAGACUUACGAGUGACCUUAAUUUACAGAACCAAAUUCGUAACUGUAACUCUUUGUAGAACAGUUUACAGAUCGAUAUUAUCAUUAUUAUUGACAACAUUUCUGAUAGUUUUUUUUUUAAAUUUAUGUACCUAUUGCUAAAUUUUGAAUGUAACUCAACUUAAAUUACGGAUUUGUUAUCCUUGUCAUAAAGUAAUAAUGAAUUUAUUAUCGAGCUGAUGACCACGUUACCAAAGCAAAGAUAUAUUCGGAAUAGAUCGAAUCCACUGAUUUAGUUUCAUGAUGUAGAUUUUAAACGAUUCAGUUACUAACCUAAUGGCACAUACAAAAAAAAAAUAUACGGUUUUUUUUUUGACACAAAGAUGCUACAGUUUCAUUUCUUAUCAUUGUUCAGGACUCGGUUAUCUAUACUCGAGUAAAAAAAAUCGCGGUUCAGAGUUAUCACAUAUAAAUGGAUUAAUUUAACCGGUAAACAUUGUUAUCAUUAUAUUUUAAUUUAUAAAUUCAUUAUACGAGUACGUGUCAUUGUGCAACACCAUUACAUGUUACAGAGCCAAUAUAAUUUACAGAACGUUUGUGCAACUCAGCCAUAAGCUACACAAAUAAUAUUUUGGUUCUUUUUAACUAUUGCAAUUUUCUCUUUUUCAGUCUUUUAGCGGAAUACCCUUCAAAAAUGCACCUAUAAGCUAUAGUGUAGUAUACAUAAAGUUAUUAAAUGUAUGUCUAAUUAUAUAGGCAAUAAUAAUAAACCAUUGUUAACGAUAUACGAGUCUGAAUGAAGUUCGUUUACCUAUGAAUUGAAAAACCGCUAUAUUCAUGAUUUUAAAUCAAAAUGUUAUCAUAAAAAAAAAAACUAAUACAAUACAUUCUACAUUAUAUUGUUCGAACAAUAUGUAAAACUCAAAAUGAACCUGCUAUUAAAUUUUCAAGCAUUUCUGUUUAAUCAAACAAUUAUAUCUACAUAUAGUACCUAAACCAUAUAUCAAAUAUAUAAAAACUACGUUAAUACCUCACAACCAUAAAAUACUUUCAACUAACAUAAACAUUUCUAAAAUGGUUUUACAAUUUUAUCAGGUCUAUAAAAGGCAAAUAUAAGUUUUCCGCCAAUAUUUCAGGAUUUCACAAAUAUUUUUAACUAAAUUACAACAAAAAACCAAAAUUGAAAAAUUGAAACCAUUAUUUUCAUAAAUUUUGUCGUUCUUUAAAUGUAUUUUUUCAGUUUUGCUCAUUAAUUAAGAAAAUUACACGGAUAAUCAAAAAGCAUUUACCUCUUGUCCUUUUUCGAUUGGAGCAAGUUUUCUGUUAAAAAAGUUGCUCGCAGAUACACAAAAUAAUAAAAUAAAUCUUUCUUAGGAUAAUGGAAAUGGGUGCAGCCACUGUCAAAGAUAAUUUAAUGUAUACCUGAUAAACUAUUACUACGAAAAAACAAUUCUGAGGGGAGUUCUAAUGAUAGUGAUGCUUUAUCAACAAUAUAUAUGUCAUUUUAUAGUAAAAUAUUUAAAUAGGCUUUAUAUAUUUUCUUUAAUAAUAUUUGUUUAAUGUUGUACCGAUUUCCUCAAUUUUCCUACUUUCUUCCCGGUUUUCCCGUGUUUUUUCCAGGUUUUUCACAUUUGCUGGGAAAACUCCUGAGAAAAUCGAAAAAUGACCUCUUUAAAGUACCCCCCUAGUGAAAUUCACUUUAAGAAACAUUGCUAUCAUUAAAAUUUGGAGCAAAAUUACUGGUUGAAAAGUUGUGCACAGGAAAAAAAAUAAAUAUUUUAGUAAUAUAUUUCGUACAAUUUCCCGUUUUUUUUUUCGGUUUUUUAAAUUUUAUGAAAAAACAGAAAAAAAUAAUGAAUAUCAUUGUAAAAACCAAUACAUUCCUCGCUCCACUCAGAAUCAAAAAUACAUCAUAGAUAGUGUCGUAUUGAAAUUAAUUGAUCCCUUGCUACGCUCCAAACCUAAAAAAUACAUUUGAACUAUAAUAAAGAAAAAUAAAAACAAUAAACACAAGCUUAUACAACAUUAUUUUAAACGCAUAUUCUGCAGUACUUAACAGGUAAUUCAACAUUUUAAAUGAUUUAGUUAUCAAUUAGUUAUUAGUUAUUAGUAUCAAAAUAAACUAAAUUUUCAGAAUCUCGAUAUCUUCUUAAAAUUUAAAUUCAUAUUUAAUCUUGUUAUGGAUAAUUUCAUUAUCAAUUAUUACAAAAACAGAUUUGUAAUCUAUUGUCAAUAUUAAGUAUUGAAGGAAUAAGAUUCGAAAUGUUGCUGUUCAUUGAUAAAUUUAUACUGUUAGGUAUAUCCUCAUUAAUUUUUUUGAGAGUAUGCUGUAAAACCCAAUUUUAUAUCUUAUGGAUUAUAUUGCAUAUAAUAGUUUAAAAUUACACAAAAUAUAAAUUCAAAUUAUCAAAACAAAACACUCAACAUUUUUAAAAAAUAAAUACUAUGUAUCGCAAGAAAAUGAUUAAAUUAUUAGUUAUAAUAAUUUCUGAAAUAAAUACAAUUUCAGAUUUAUGUGAAAACUAGAAAGCUUACUCUGUAUACGAUGUACUCUCUUCUGAAAGGAAAUUUUCUUGGGGUGGUACCAAAUUUAGAAAGGUCAUUUUUUGAUUUUCCUAAGAGUUUUCCCAGCAAAUGUGAAAAACCGGCAAAAAAACAUGGGAAAACCCGGAAAAAUGUAAGAAAACCAGGAAAAUUGGUUCAAAAUCAAACAAAUAUUAUUAAAGAAAAUAUGUAAUGCCUAUUUAAUUAAUUUACCAUAAUAUGACGUAUAUAUUGUUGACACUAUCAACUGAACUCUGCUCAGAAUCGUUUUUUCGUUCGCAAUAGUUUAUCUUUGCUUACAGGUUUGCAUUAAAUUACCCAUAAUAACAGUGGCUGCACCGGUCUUUAUUAUCCUAGGACGUAUUUUUCCUAAUGUAUUUAUUAAUUUAGUUUAUUAUCGUCAUCAGUUCAUCACAGUGUGUAAUAAUAUGCCCGCUGUCUCGUCGUACAUCAGUUAUAUCUGUGACGCUUGCUUGCGCGGACUGUUAUUAUUAUUAUAGUACCAUUCGACUUAUCUAUAUAUUUAUGACGGUUCAUAUUGUCGUCAGGUGAAAAUAUGGUUCCAGAACCGGCGCGCGAAAUGGAAACGCGUAAAAGCGAGCGUGUUGUCAACAACCGCAUACUCCGACGGUCAAAAGGUCAACGGGGACGGUGGCAACUCCGCGAUGAGAGGCAGGUCGAAAUGUACAGGGGGCGCGGGAAAAAUCGUCGUUCCCAUACCGGUGCACGUCAACAGGUUCGUGGUCAGGAGCCGUCACCAGCAGUUGGAGAAAUGCGCCUCGGGUUUCGCCCAUCUCCGCCACGGCAACGAUUUCAAAAUCAAAAACCAACUGCAGUACACAACGAUACUGUAA